AAGCAACAAGAAGAUUAUCAAAAAAUGUUGUCAGCAUUUAAAAAAGAAUUAGAAAAUACCGAGGAUUCAUCGUUGAUUUAAAUUUUUUUUAAAAGCGUAUGAUCGUCAAUCAACAUGGCGUCAUGCAAUUGAACAGCUGGUAAAUAAUUAAAAAAAAAGUUCCACAAUAAGUUCAUCAGCUGACGAUCAAAGCUCCGGCUCAUUUGCAAUCAAACUAAACAUUGUUAAAGAGAUAAAAAAAAAACUAAAAGAAGCUUCAUUAAGUCCACUAAAAAAAUUACAUAACUGACUUACUUUUUUUUUUGUUUGUUCAAUUGUUAUUUUAUAUAAAUAACAAUAUAUUUAUUAUUUUUUAAAUAAAUAAAAUAAUGGCAAGUGUUAUGAAGUCAUUGAGAGAUUCAUUGGGUAGUGCAAAAAAUAUAUUAAUAUUAACUGGAAGUGGUAUAUCAGCUGAAUCUGGUAUACCCACAUUUCGUGGUGCUGGAGGAUUAUGGAGAACUUAUUUGGCUCAAAGCUUAGCAUCAUCACGUGCAUUUAAAUCAGAUCCAUCACUUGUUUGGGAAUUUUAUGAAUAUCGACGUAAAAAUGCUAAAAGAGCACAACCAAAUAAGGCUCAUGAUGCAAUUGCAAGUUUUGAAAAUAGAAUGACAAAAGAAGGUAAAAAAGUAACAAUUGUAACACAAAAUGUUGAUGGUCUUCAUCAACAAGCUGGAUCUAAAAAUGUUAUUGAAUUACAUGGUUCAUUAUUUAAAACAAAAUGUACUGUUUGUGAAAAUAUUGAGGUCAAUAACACUGUACCAAUAUGUCCAGCAUUAGCUGGUGACUGUUCACCAGAUCCAGAUGCUGAUGCAUCAGAUAUACCAAUUGAUGAUUUACCAAAAUGUCAAAAAGCUUCGUGUAAAGGAUUAUUGAGGCCUCAUAUUGUUUGGUUUGGUGAAUGUCUUGAAGAUGAAUUGCUAAAUGCAGCAGAAGAUGCAGUUGAAAAAUGUGAUAUAUGUCUGGUUAUUGGUACAUCAUUAAUUGUUUAUCCAGCUGCAAUGUUUGCACCAAGAGUAUCUGAACGUGGUGUACCUGUUGCUGAAUUUAAUCUUGAAGAGACUGAUAAAACAAUUAAUUUUCAGUAUCACUUUAAAGGACCAUGUACAACAACUGUUCCUGAAGCACUUGCUCCAUAAAUUUAUCCAAUGAAACAUAGAAAAUAUAGUUGAUAAUUUGUGAUACUAACUAAAUUGAUUAUUUAUUAAAAAUCAUUUGAGCAUUUUGAUAGAGUAAAUUCUUUUUUUUUUUUUUUGGGUUUUUGCUCAAAUUUUUUGAUGCUAAUAAAUUAUUUAUCAAACUAAUUAUUUAAUAGUUAAUAAUUUUGAGCAUAUUUUUUAUUCAAAUCAACUAAUAAAACAGAAUAUACUUACUUUUGUUAAUUUUAAUUAUUUAUUUUUUGUUUAAUAUUGAAAAUUGUUGAUUAAAUAAAAAAAAAAAGUGAAUUUAAUUGUCUUGAAAAUAAUUUAAACUUGAAAAAAAAAAAAAAAUAAACUUUCCUUGAAAAUUAUUAUUAAUUUUAUUGUAUUUCAAAAAUUCUUUACAAUAUUUAUCAUUUUUUUUUUUUUAUUGGCAUAUUAUUUUUACAUCAUCUCUGUCAUUAUUUGUAAAUUUAAAAAAAAUAUUAUUUUAAAAAUUAUCUUGUUUAUACUAUUUUAUUAUAAAUUCAUGGAAAAAAAAAUUAAAAAACAAAGUAUAAACUUAUAAGGAAUGUGCCGAAUUUAAAAAAUUCUUUACAAAGACAUUGUUUAUUUAAAAAAAAAAAAAAAAUAUUCUGAUUAAUUAAUUUACUAGAAAAUUAUUAUUAUAAAAAAAAAAUCCAUCAAUCAGUAUAAAUAAAAGCAAAAAAAAA